UUUUAUGGAAUUUACUUUUUUUCAUUUCUAAUGUGAGAUCCUCUCUAAGAAUCUAACGCAUUUAUUUGCGCAAGUGCUUGAACCAAUUUCCCUAUUUGGCUAUAUGUACCCAUCUUCCAAACCUAUUUCCCCAUCCCAUAUACAUACAGUAUAGUUUUCCACUUCUAGAGAGAGAGAGAGAGAGGAACGAAGGAAAGAAAAACAAUAAUGCCUUCUUCUUGCAUUGCCGUGGUCUCCAAAUGCACAGUCUACCCAGAACACAAAUCCCCAAACCCCAAACACUUGAAGCUCUCAGUUUCGGACCUUCCCAUGUUGUCCUGCCAGUACAUCCAAAAGGGUGUCUUGCUACCCAAACCUCCCCUCGAUUCCCCCGCCCUCAUCUCCCUCCUCAAGCUCUCUCUCUCCCAGGCUCUCUCCCAUUUCCCCCCUCUCACCGGCCGCCUCCACACCAACGCCAAUGGCCACGUGUACGUCUCCCCCAACGACGAGGGCGUCGAGUUUGUGCACGCUAGAGCUCCGGGCCUCUCCUCCUCCCUCCUCCUCCUCCCCCCGCGUGCUGACGUGCCACCGUACUUCCGUGCGUUCUUUCAGUAUGAUGACACGCUCAGCUACGCGGGGCAUUCGAAACCGCUUCUCGCGGUGCAGGUGACUGAGAUGGGCGACGCCGUUUUCGUCGCCUGCACCAUGAACCACGCGGUCGUGGACGGGACCUCCUUUUGGAAUUUCUUCAACACUUACGCGGAGAUUUGCCGUGGAGUGAAGAGGAUAACGAGGGUUCCGGAUUUCGGCCGCGACACCGUGUUCGAUUCGCCGGAGGUUCUUAGGUUUCCGGUCGGUGGUCCGGCAACAACGUUCUCCGGCAACGCGCCUAUACGUGAGAAGAUAUUCCACUUCCGCCGGGAGGCUAUAGUGAGGCUCAAGUCGAGAGCGAAUAACGGGAAGCCAUGUAACGGCGAGAAUGGCGGGGGUAGACUUAACGGGGCGGGUUUAAAAAAUGGCGCGGAGAUUUCGUGUUUUCAGUCUCUGUGUGCUCAGUUGUGGAGGUCGGUGACGCGGGCCCGGAAGCUGGAGGGGAGUAAGACAACGACCUUCAGGAUGGCGAUAAACUGCAGGCACCGUCUCGAGCCGCGGCUCGAGACAUUGUAUUUUGGGAAUGCGAUCCAGAGCAUUCCCACAGUUGCCACAGCGGCCGAGCUCUUAUCUCGCGAUUUGAGCUGGGCCGCUGACAGGCUUCACCAGAAUGUGGUGGCCCACAACGAUGCCUCGGUGCGCCGUGGCAUACGCGAGUGGGAGAGCAACCCAAGGGUGUUCCCUUUGGGGAACUUCGAUGGUGCGAUGAUCACCAUGGGAAGCUCCCCGAGGUUCCCGAUGUACGACAGCGAUUUUGGAUGGGGCCGGCCCCUGGCGGUCCGUAGCGGCAACGCCAAUAAGUUUGAUGGUAAGAUCUCCGCCUUCCCCGGCCGGGAGGGAAAUGGGAGCAUAGAUCUCGAGGUGGUUUUGGCACCGGAGACUAUGGCCGGACUUGAGAAGGACAUGGAGUUCAUGCAAUAUGUCAGUUGAUGACAAUAAGGUUCCAAUUAAAUUAUUGGAAGUGUUUUUUUUUUAACUUUAAAAUGUACCCCUCCCUAAGUAUAUAAGGAUGUCAACACUGGUCAUCCUUUAGCCUAAUUUAUUGUGUGUAAUAAUCCGACUUCAUUUAAGGUGGUGCUAUUCUAUUUAGCCUAAUUUAUUGUGUAAUGAUCCGACUUCAUUUAAGGUGGUGCUAUUCUAUUUAGCCUAAUUUAUUGUGUAAUAAGAGCAGUGGUAAUGG